UCUUCUUCUCCUCCUCCAGAGGAAAUUUAUUUUAUAUGGUUAUCUUAAAAAUGUAGCUAACAUUUCAUUAAAAAUAUUUUAAAAAUUCUCAACACAACAGAAAUGAAAUAAAUUCGCGUCAAAGUCAGUCUCAAAUUUUUGUUCGAAAUGUCACUUAGAAUCGGCAAGUUCCGGUACACUCCGGAUUGUGACGUCAAGUCACACAACAUUUAGCCAGAGUGAAAAGCUACCAACGAUAAUGAAGUGUGUUGAUGACUGCUGGUCUGAGUCAAAAGCUGAUGGUGUCAGCUUACACGAAUGGCCAAGACGUGAACGGUCAUAGGCAGGUUAUGGACCAGGUUUGUGAAGACAAAGCGGGUGCAUUGAAUUUACAAAUCAAAGUGGACUGCUUUGAAAACCCCGUACAGCAUUCACUUGGCUUCGGUAGCAAGACGAUUCUGUCGCAUAUCACAAAGAUCUACUUCCAAGAUUGGAAGAAGGCCCGUGGAGCAAGAUACUUGAACUCCUCCACUUGGGCCAGAAUCUCAUCCCCGACCUGGAAAAGGCACGCCAUCCUUUUCCGAUUGAGGACCAUGGUUUCGGAUUUGGAGAUACUGAUUGUCAUCCCAGCCGCUUCACGCUCUGGUGCAAACCGCUCCAGUGAGCGUUGGACAUCAGGGGUUGAUGAAGCCAACAGAACCACAUCACCUGCAAAGAGCUGAGAUGCUAUGCUGAGGCCACCCAACCGGAUCCCCUCUACGCCACGGUUGCGCCUAGAAAUUCUGUCCAUAAAAGUUAUGAACAAAAUCGGUGACAAAGGGCAGCUUUGGCAGCUUCCAACUCUUAAUGAAAACAAGUCUGAAUUAUUCCCGGCUAUGUGGGCCAAACUGGUUGUACAGGGACCGGACAGCCCGUAUGAGGGGGUUCGGUACCCCAUACUCCCCAAGAACCCCCCCACACAACUCCUCAAGGGACAUAAUCGAACGCCUUCUCCAAGUUCACAAAACGCAUGUAAACUGUUUGGGCGAACUCCCAUACACCCUCGAGUUUCCUGCCGAGGGUGUAGAGCUGGUCCACUGUUCCACAGUGAGGACCGUAACCACAGUGCUCCUCCUGAAUGUGAGAUUCAACUAACCGACGGACCCUCCUCUCCAGCAGCCUUGAAUAGACUUUACCAGGAAGGCUGAGGAGUGUGAUUCCCCCUGAAGAUGGAACACACCUUCUGGUCCCCUUUCUUAAAAAGGGGGACUACCACCCCAGUCUGCCAAUCCAGAGGAACUGUCCCCGAUGUCCAUGCGAUGUUACAGAGGGGUGUAAACCAGGACAACCCCACAACAUCCGGUGCCUUUAGGAACUCCGGGCGAAUCUCAUUCAUCCCCAGAGCCCUGCCACCAAGGAGCUUUUUCAGAAUCAGAAUCAGCUUUAUUGGCUGUGUAAACAAUUUUUCUCCUUCAGUCGGAGCUGCCCUAGUACCACAUUCACAACAAAGUAAAAAGAUAAAAGAAAAAGAGACAUUCUGUUUAUAGGAACGGUUCAUUAUAAGAGUCACAGAUGUACAAGAUGCAAAGUCUUCUUCAUUUUGAAAAGUGUCUAUACCAUGGAUGAAAGCUUACAAGAGCAUGGAUGAGAGCAAUCAGUUUGUGUGCGGCUGGGUUCGCGAUGUGGGAGCUGUUGUCAUAAUGGAUACCAACUAGUUAAUGGAAAGGUUCUCCAUUCCCAAGCAUUGCGAGAAAACCCCUUUGACCUUGGGUGAUUGCUAAACAAAGUGGGAAAUUUGUUGCUGCGCAUUGCACCUGUAAGGCUGGCCUGGGAGAAGCCUGUUAACAUGUUGCAGCACUGCACAUCCUGCACUGGAUACGGGACUCAAAGACUCACACAAGAGAAAGCAUACUGGAAGCUGCCAACACCUUAAAAGGAUGUGGAGUAUCGUCCAAUAGACUGACUUCAGCAAAGACACCAACUGCAUACUGCCAUUGAAGCUGGUGCCAAUCUAUGCCUUAUGGAGUUUUGAGGAGCCCAGUGAUCCCAGUUUGAGAAGUUCUCAUUUAGUAUCAGGCAGCAUUAUCCAGGACCCUCAAGUGUCAGCAUGGCUGUUGGACCCCGCACAUCCUUGUUUAAGCUACAAGGGCCUUCUUCAGAAAAACAAAUAUGCAUGGCCGUCCAAAGCAACACCUUCCAAUGUAAGCUUCUUUAACUGCAUAGUCUCACUGUGAUCCACAGAAGAAUUCCAUGCUUUUAUACCAGGUCUUCUCAGAACUGUAUUCCCUGUACUGUGUGAAUGAGAUGCUUUGUGCUAAACUAAAGGUAAAAUAUUUUUUUUCACUCUCUCUCUCAUUUGACUCUCACUCUUAUACACUCACACAGUAUGUUCACGUGUUUCCAGAGCCAGGGCCUUUGGAGGGUUUACUCAGACAUUGAGUUGAAUAUUAUUCCAAUUCUAGCAGGUGAGUGGCUGAUGUCCAUUUUCAUUUCAAAGACACUACCUCAACAAAUCUGUAUUGUGUCCUCGCAAAAUUCCCCAACCUUUGUUUUGUUACGGCGCAUAUUUUUAAACAUUAGAAAGGUUUCAUGGCACACCACCAAACUGAAUUGUAAAAAUAUUCCAAACAGCGUUGUGAAAAAUUAACCGUCCCCUUCUUAAAUUAUUUUUUUAAUUGCAUAGAUUCUCCGCUUCAAUGUUUGUCAUCCAACAUAUGUGUCAGAAAAAACACUUUUUGAAUGGUGAUUUUAUUUAUUAAAGGAAAAAAAUAUUCAAAACUGUUGUAUGAAAAAGUAAUAAUCCCCAAAACCUCUGAAGUGGUGGGGCCAGUUUUUGCUGGAAUAACUGAAAUAUGUCAUGGGGAUGAGUCUGGCAUAUCUCUGUGGAGAUAUUUAGGCCUCACCCUUUUUUGCAGAAUUAUUUUAAUUCAGCAUCAGUGGAGGGGUUUUAGGCAUGAAAGGCCUUUUUAAACUAAUGCCAAAGCAUUUCAAUCAGAUCAAGUCCAGACCACUCCAAAAUGACUUGACGAUGUGGUUUUGGAACGUUGUCCUAUUGGAAAAUCCAAGUCUGCUUCAGUUUCAGUUCACAGACUAAUGGCCGAAUAUUUCCCAUCAGAAUUUUCUGUUAAAGAGCAGAUUGAUAAUUCCAUCAAUCUCAGCAAGUUGUCCAGUUCAUGAAAUAGCAUCGGACCCUCAGACCAACCCACGACAACCACCAUGUUUGACUGUUGGUUUGAUGUUGUUUUUCUGAACUUUUGUUACAUUUACGCCAGAUGCAACAAGACACACAUCUUCCAAAAAAUUCAACUUUCGUCUCAAUUACUAUUCUCCCAAACCUUGGGAAUAAUUCAAAUGUUUUUUUUUAAAUUGUAUUUAUUGAAUCAUUUCUAUUUUUUUUGGGGGGGGGGGGUAAGACAAGUGUUUAUGUUCUUUUUGGUAAGAUGUUGGUUUGGUCUUGGAACUCGACCAUUAAUACCAUUUUUUUGCAGUAUCUUCCCUAUUGUUGAGUCAUGAACUCUGACCUUAAUUGAGGCAAAUGAGGCCUGUGUCAUGAUCCUGCCGCUUCAACACGAGCUGUGCGGGUGCCCGCGCGGCUGCGCUAAUUGGGAGGCACACACCUGUGCCUCAUGCGGGCUGAUCAUCCCCCGUAUCUAUAGGACCCGGUGACGACUGGUCCGGCGCCAGUUCGUUGAGCUUCAUGCCCCGUUCCAGCACUCUCGUAUCUCUGAUUGAUCCUGUGUGUACCGACCUUCGUCCGUUCUCCGAUCAACCUUGUAAGCCUGACUCCUUGAUCCUUCUGCCUGCGUUGAUUGUUUCCCCGUGUACCGACUCCUGCCUGUCCGCUCAUCUGCUCUCUCGCCCGACGUCACAACUACCGCUGCUGCGCCGGACUGCGUGCUCGAUCCCCGACCUCUGCAUACAAUAAACGUGUCUCUUCUUGAACUACCUUGCGUCUUCCGAGUUCCUGCAUUUGGGUCCUACCUCUCGUUCCGAUGGGACGUGACAGAACGAACUGGCCAAUACAGGACCCAGCAGGAAAGACCCGGCGUUGCCGGGACCGACGCAAAGUAGCCCGUCUGCCGGAGGACCAAGCCUGUCCGAUCCGGGUAGGCUCCCUGAUGUCCUCCACUUCCGUGUCUUACGCUCCGCCAGCGAGGUAUGAAUACGUCCCGAACACGACCCGUCCGGCUCCUUAUAUUCUUCUCUGACUUUUCGGAAUAUGAGGAGGACCGUGAUUUGUAUGCCGGGCUGCCUGAGUACGACUCCGACGACUUUGAUUUCGAGUCUCUUUGCCCGGCUUUUGAUCCUUGUCAGUUUCCCCCGCCUUCCCGCGUUUCCAGCACCCGAGCGACUUCGCCCGGUAGAUCCAAGUGCACCUAUCGGUACGAGGGAACCCGCUUGGCCAUCUACCCGGGACCUCCGCGUGGCGGCCAGAGGAGACGCCCCGGCCGGGCGCUCCCUGGUGUCUCUCGCUGCGCGGCAACGAAGACACCGUCUUCCCACUCCUCGCCGGCAACGGUGAGACCGGCAGACCUGCAGCUGGUAGCGAAGCUUCCAGCCCAGAGGGAGGAGGUGCCGCCAAAUCACGAGGCGUUCCGCCGCGAAAUGCGGGCAGAGAUAGAGCGGCAGAGCGCCGAAUUGGCGGCUCUCACGGCCCAGGUCCGGCAAGGAUUGGCGAACCAGCCAAGCUACGCUGACGUCGCAAUGGCGACGGACUCACUGCUGACUCAGGUUCACGUUGCCGUGGAAACCGACCCGCCCCCUUGCCAAGUGCACGCCACAGUGGGAACAGACUCGCCACCUCAAGUGCACGUCGCAGUGUUGGCGGUUUCGAGCAGAGCUCACGCGGCAGUCGGAACUGACCCGCUCCCGAGACACGCCCACGUGUCAGUUUCGACUGACUCUCCGCCUACUCAGGUUCACGUUGCCCUGGAAACGGAUUCGCCACCGCGCCACGCCCACGUUGCUGUUUCAACGGAUGCAGUGCAAGCUCACGUGGCAGUGGGGACCGACCCGAUGCCGCCUCACGUUGCUCUUCAGGAGGUGGCGACGUCUCCACAGCAGCUUCUCGUCAGUGCUCUGGAGUGGCAGUGGCGACCGGCCCGCGGACGUUCCCCGUUCCUGCUCUGUCGGCGACGGGCACGCCCUCACGUUCCUGUCCAGGAGGUGGCGACAGUUCCCCAGCCGCCUCACGCUCCCGUCCAGGAGGAGGUGGAGUUGGUGAUGCUGCUGCCGCCUUCUCACGUUCCUGUCCAGGAGGCGGCGACGGGGUCGCUGCCUUCUCUCGUUCCUGUCCAGGAAGCGGCGACGGGGUCGCUGCCUUCUUUCGUUCCUGUCCAGGAGGCGGUGACGGGGUCGCUGCCUUCUCUCGUUCCUGUCCAGGAGGGGGCGGCGACGGGGUCGCUGCCUUCUCUCGUUCCUGUCCAGGAGGGGGCGGCGACGGGGUCGCUGCCUUCUCUCGUUCCUGUCCAGGAGGGGGCGGCGACGGGGUCGCUGCCUUCUCAAGUUGCUGUCCACGAGGGGGCGGCGACGGGGUCGCUGCCUUCUGAAGUUGCUGUCCAGGAGGGGGCGGCGACGGGGUCGCUGCCUUCUCAAGUUGCUGUCCAGGAGGGGGCGGUACUGGCGCCGCCUUCUCACGUUGCUGUCCAGGAGGGGGCGGUACUGGCGCCGCCUUCUCAAGUUGCUGUCCAGGAGGGGGCGGUACUGGCGCCGCCUUCUCAAGUUGCUGUCCAGGAGGGGGCGGUACUGGCGCCGCCUUCUCAAGUUGCUGUCCAGGAGGGGGCGGUACUGGCGGCGCCUUCUCACGUUCCUGUCCAGGAGGGGGCGGUACUGGCGCCGCCUUCUCACGUUCCUGUCCAGGAGGGGGUGGUACUGGCGCCGCCGCCUUCUCACAUCCCUGUCCAGGAGGAGCUCGGGAGUUCUGUGGAGCCACCCAGGAGCUGGAGAGACUUCGAGGUGGCGGUCAUGGCUCUGGUCCUGCUCUCCAUCAUCUUCUUCGCUCCUGAGUGCGCCCAGCCGCUUCAGGACCUGGGCUCGUUGGCGACCAAUCCCUGGUCGUCUUGCAACGACGGCGUGGGAGGUUCUCGUCCGGAGCAGUGGCCUGCCUCAUUCUGGUUCCUGCUUCGCCGUUUGGUUCCUCACAGAGGUCGUCCGCCCGAGUCGCCCCGUGGGGACCCUGGUGCUUGGCGUCCGGGUCGUCCUCCUGACCUGUCCGCCCGGACGCCUCGUCUUUGGUGGCCUGGAUGGCCACCAGUCUGGGGUUCAGGGGGGGGCGUGCCCUCCUCCGGACCCCCUUCCGCCCACCCCUGCCUGUGUUAUUGUCUGUUUUUUCGUUUAGGCACGUCUGGGAGCCGUGCCUUUGGGGGGGGGGGGUACUGUCAUGAUCCUGCCGCUUCAACACGAUCUGUGCGGGUCCCCGCGCGGCUGCCCUAAUUGGGAGGCACACACCUGUGCCUCAUGCGGGCUGAUCAUCCCCCGUAUAUAUAGGACCCGGUGACGACUGGUCCGGCGCCAGUUCGUUGAGCUUCAUGCCCCGUUCCAGGACUCUCGUAUCUCUGAUUGAUCCUGUGUGUACCGACCUUCGUCCGUUCUCCGAUCAACCUUGUAAGCCUGACUCCUUGAUCCUUCUGCCUGCGUUGAUUGUUUCCCCGUGUACCGACUCCUGCCUGUCCGCUCAUCUGCUCUCUCGCCCGACGUCACAACUACCGCUGCUGCACCGGACUGCCUGCUCGAUCCCCGACCUCUGCAUACAAUAAACGUGUCUCUUCUUGAA